AUGGAAGAAAUGGAUAAUUGUAAUGAGACUGCAUCAAUUCAAGUAACUGAAUUCAUUCUCAUGGGCAUCUCGAAUCAUCCUGACCUACAGAUCCUACUUUUUCUUGUGUUCCUCAUCAUCUAUAUAUUCAGCUUGGGGAAUCUAGGUUUGAUUAUCUUGACCAAGAUUGAUUCUCGCCUGAAAACCCCCAUGUACUUUUUCCUCCGGAAUCUGGCAUUUAUUGAUCUUGGAUAUUCCACUGCGAUUGGUCCCAAAAUGUUGGUUAAUUUUGUAGUGGAAGAAAAUAUCAUAUCUUAUACUGGAUGUGCAACUCAGCUAGUUAUUUUUAUAACAUUAAUAGUAAGUGAGCUUUUUAUGUUAUCAGUGAUGGCCUAUGAUCGCUAUGUAGCUAUCUGUAAUCCCCUACUGUACAUGGUCAUCAUGUCAGACAGAAUGUGCUAUCUCUUAGUGGCCAUUCCAUAUCUCCAUAGCUCCUUUGUUGCACUGUUGACAACAAUUAAGAUUUUUAAUUCCUCUUUUUGGAAAUCUAAUACAGUUAGUCAUUUUUACUGUGAUAGUCUCCCCCUCUUAACUAUCUUAUGCAAAGAUGCAAAGGAUGUAGAAUUAUUCAUUCUGAGCCUUUCUGCUUUUAAUUUGGUUUUCUCUCUUUGGGUUGUUCUUGUUUCAUAUAUACUCAUUCUUAUGACCAUCCUCAGGAUGAACUCUGCUGAAGGCAGACGCAAAGCCUUUUCCACCUGUGGCUCCCAUCUCACAGUGGUGGUUGUAUUCUAUGCGACACUAACUUUUAUGUACUUGCAACCCAAGUCUAGUCAUUCCUUUGAUACAGACAAAAUGGCAGCUGUCUUUUAUACCCUGAUCAUUCCCAUGCUUAACCCAUUGAUCUAUAGUUUGAGAAACAAGGAGGUGAAAGAUGCCUUGAAAAGAGUCCUAGAGAAACAAUGCAAGUGUCUUCUUUAA